AUGACCGAAAAGCCCCAGCCGCUGUCGACGCAGACCGCGACUCCUAGUCAGACCCUCUUCGCUCCGAGCGUACCAGUCUCAACACACAAUGUGCCACGCAAGGCCGAGACGGUAGAGGAAGAAGAGCCGUACACGAUCAAGUGUAUUUGCAACUUCACUGACGAUGAUGGAAACACGAUCUAUUGCGAGACAUGUGACACGUGGCAGCACAUCGACUGCUUUUACCCUCACAGUCGCGAGGAGGCCCUUCGGGAAGACUUUGCCCACUCGUGCGCUGAUUGCAAGCCGCGCCCCCUAGAUCGACAAAAGGCCAUCGAGCGAACACGGCGACUAAAGAAUGGUCCCACGACAGAAACCAUACCGGAUAAGAAGGCCAAACGGCCGCCAUCCAAAAGCCACAAGAAGAAGCCAAAGCCAACGGACUUGCAGUUGAAUGGCCACCCUGUGGGCCAGGAGAAUGCAAAGCACGGAAGCCCGAGCGACCACCCACACCCAACCAAGAAGGUGAAGUCGUCCCAUCGGCCAUCACAUUCGAUCAGUUCUCAGAACGCAAAGCGAAGUCCUUCGUACGGAAAUGGUGGGCGAUCACAACCCAACGGUCACCCCCCAAGCCCAGCAACUACUCCCCCGGACCUUCCGAGCGAUUUCCAAAUACACAAUUACUCGGACGGCUUUUUGUCAAUGAGCAAAGAAGCAGACAUCCCCAUUACUCGCAUCAAUUCCUUUGCAAGCCUCUUCGUUUCCAACACCUUGUCAGUUUGGCUUCGGGAACCAGAUCGUAUGAGGCAAGAGACGGGCGAGGAAUUCAACGAUGUCUUUGCCAAGCUGCCGAAAGACAUUGACGCUCGCAAGCGUCAGCUUCAUGUCGAGAGCAAGAAAAUUCCUGUCUCGCCAGAGACGACAUUACGAUGGCAAUACCUCGCUACCCCUGCCGCCAUUGAGAAGGACGUCCCUUUGAUUGAACUCAACGGCGUGAUCGGAUUCCAAAAGGACUACUGCGCAGAUCCCGAAAACCUAUGGGAGGAACUCUCGUCCCCGCUACCUUUUGUUUUCUUCCACCCAAUGCUUCCUUUGUACAUUGAUACCAGGAAAGAAGGAUCGAUGGCUCGCUUCGUUCGAAGAAGUUGCAAGCCCAAUGCCCUGCUGGAUACUUACCUAUCAGGCCAAUCCGAGUAUCACUUCUGGCUCAUGAGCGAUAGAUACAUCGCGGCAAACGAGCAAAUUACACUUCCCUGGGACUUCAGGCUACCUAAGAAAUUCCAGGCACGGUUAGUGCAUCUUCUGGGUCUCGCCGACGACGACACCAAUACUCAGAACGAGUCUGAAAUGGAUGAGGCUGAGUACCAAACACUAUCGGGCUGGAUUCAUCGGAUAUUGUCCGAGUACGGCGGCUGUGCGUGUGACUUGGGUGCAAACUGUGCCUUUGCUCGCUUCCACAGACAACACCAAGCGAAGGUUCAGUCUCGGCCUCUCGCAAAGAAGAAGCAACGAAAGCCAAAAACCCAUACCAUCUCCCCCACCAGCACCGGACACGCUACAAACAGUCGCGCAGCCAGCGAGGGACACCAAGACGACGCCGACAACGACGGUCGGUCAGUUUCUGAGCGCAGCAAACCGCCUAGUCGUGAUCGCACGCCCGUACGCCAGGGUUCAUUGGAUCGGCCAGGUAUACUCACAGAACCCACUGACAGGGACAAGCGUAAGGUUCAAAUGGUUGAAGACUCAUUCCGACGGAUGGAACAGCAACAGCCUCCGCGCAAGAAGAAGCGAACAUCCGAUGGCACGGCAUCCACUUCCGGUUCUUCCAAGACGAAACAACGGAGCUCAACCAGCAACGCAUCCAGCGGCACUACACACUACGUCGAUGCGGGAACAUCUCGAAGCAAGUCGAAUUCCCCUUCAAGUGGCGUGUCACCAACGGCACAGAAUCCGUUCAAGGCACCUGCCUCCAGAGCCGAGUCGGUUGGUUCCCAGUCUGGGCGAACAUCAUCCACUCCUCGUCCCGUCUACUGCGAUGCCGGUGUACAAACCGACCCUGUCGAGGGCGAGUGGUACAGUGAGCCCGUUCAAACACCCAGGCCACGACGACGUAUCAUUUCUCUUUCGCAACGGCUGCUCAAUAAUCGACACCGCCUACGCUGUGAUGAAGUAGAGAGACGCAAGUCACUCUCUUCUCUGACCGCUCAGGAGCCAACACCCAUGGACGUGGAUCAACCAGCUGAGAUCAAGCCUAGUGCUGAAUCUUCCCCGCCCUCCAAGACUAUUGGCAACCAAGCUCGCGACACAUCGCCAGCCGCCCCCCCUGCUGGCGACGUCGUGAUGUCGGAUGCUGCUACAAGUUCGCCAAGCACGGUAAAAUCGCCCCUGCAGGCCGACAGUGUUUCAGAUGCACCCGCGAAUGGCUCAAGCAGCCCGUUGAAGAUGAGAUCACCGGAGUUACGAGUCACGAUGCCGCCGGUUCCCGCCUUCAAUGGACCCACAUCGGCGACACCCAGUGCCACAACGCCAUCGACAAUCCAGUCGCCGUUCUCCGCAAGCAGUCUACCGAGUCCUUUUGCUCCGACUGCAGUCAAUGGUGUUGCGGCACAUCCAAGUCCGGUUAAGAAGAAGUUGAGCCUUAGCGAUUAUACCAAGAGCAGGAUGAACAAGGCCAAGCCUGCUGGCGCUCUGAAGACCUCAUUGUCUGGCACCGAGGAGACGAAGCCAACGCUCGAUGCUAUUGUCGAUUCUCCAGUGGUUGAGAAGAGUGCGGAUGUUCUUACACCCGUUACGGGCAACACGAUCAACUCGAAUCCUGCGGCUACGGCCGCCAACACGCUGUAA